CUGAUCCGGCUUGGUGAACAGGCCCGAUUGGGCGGUGGCCAGAACCGUAUCGACCAGCAACACCAGCGCGGCAAACUCACCGCCCGCGAACGCCUCGCUGUCCUGAUGGACGAAGGCACUUUCCAGGAAAUCGACCGUUUCGUCACCCACCGAACCACCGAUUUCGGCCUCGCCGACCGCACUGUCCUCGGUGAUGCGGUGGUAACUGGAUACGGCAACAUCGACGGGCGCCAGGUAUUCGCCUACUCCCAGGACUUUACCGUGUUCGGCGGUUCCCUCUCCGAGGUGGUCGGACAAAAAAUCUGCAAGGUCAUGGACCUGGCCGCCAAAACCGGGUGCCCGAUGAUCGGCAUCUGCGACUCCGGAGGCGCCCGCAUCCAGGAAGGCGCGCUGAGCCUCGCCGCCUACGGCGACAUAUUCCUGCGCAACACCAUGUAUUCCGGCGUCGUUCCGCAAAUCUCGAUAAUCAUGGGGCCAUCGGCAGGCGGCGCGGUUUAUUCUCCGGCCAUCACCGACUUCAUCUUCAUGGUGCGGGGCACCGGGCAAAUGUACAUCACCGGCCCCGACGUGGUGCGGGCCGUAACCGGAGAGGACGUUACCCACGACCAGCUGGGUGGAGCCGAUGCCCACGGUUCCCGUAGCGGUGUGGCGCAUUUCGUCUACGACACCGAAGAGGAUUGUCUGGCUGAAGUGCGCCGGCUGGUCAGUUUCCUGCCGCUGAACAAUCUCGAUGAUCCCCCCGUUUACCGCACUGCCGACAACUCCGACCGCACCGAUGAUUCCCUGCGCACCAUCGUGCCGCCGGAGCCCAACCGUCCGUACGAUGUUCGUGAGGUUAUCUACAGCAUCGUGGACGACGAAGAAUUCAUGGAAGUCCAGUCCACGUACGCCCCCAACAUCGUGGUCGGGUUCGGCAGGAUGGGCGGCCGCACCGUCGGCCUGGUGGGCAACCAGCCGGCGUUCCUGGCCGGUGUCCUCGACAUCAACGCCUCCGCCAAGGCGUCCCGAUUCGUGCGGUUCUGCGACUGUUUCAACGUGCCACUGGUUACGCUGGUCGACGUUCCCGGUUUCAUGCCAGGCACCGAGCAGGAAUACGGCGGCAUCAUUCGCCACGGCGCCAAGCUGAUCUACGCCUACGCCGAGGCAACCGUUCCCAAGGUUGCCAUCAUUACACGCAAGGCCUACGGCGGAGCCUACAUCGUGAUGAGCAGCAAGCAUCUGCGAUCCGACGUCAACCUGGCCUGGCCCUCCGCCGAAAUCGCCGUGAUGGGGCCGGACGGCGCUGUCAACAUCAUCUACCGGGAGGAAAUCGCGCGCGCCGACGAACCCGACGAUCGCCGUGCCGAGUUGAUCACCAACUACCAGCAGCGCUUCACCAACCCCUACGUGGCAGCCAAUCGCGGUUAUCUUGAUGACGUUAUCGAUCCGGCCCAAUCGCGGCCCGUCAUCAUCCGCGCCCUGGAAAUGCUGCAAAACAAACGCGAUACCCUGCCGGCAAAAAAGCACGGCAAUAUCCCUCUCUAA